AUGGCUUCAGAAUCAACCAGGAUUUCAAUCAAGCUUUUAAUAGACCAGGAAAGAAACAAGGUAAUUCUAGCUGAAGCUGGUAAUGAUUUUGUCGAUACCCUUCGUACCAUCCUUAUGUUUCCCCUCGGAAGCAUCCCUCGACUUUUCUGCAAACUUCAAAUUCCAGAGCCUGGCUGCUUCAUUAACUUAUACAACAGGGUCGAAAAUCUAAACACGAACAUCUGUCGUACCCAUGCAUAUAAGUAUACGCUGCUUUAUCCAAGAACCAUUCAUGAAAACAGUUGCGGAAAGUUGAUGAACAGGGAUGUUUCUGGAAGCUGGGAAUCAAGAAUUUUUCAUCACAUCAAAGAAGAAGUUCUGGAAAUUGAUUCAUAUGAGAUGUCUAAUCUUUUGAGCUAUUCACUGGUCUCAAAGACCACUUUGACUGAUGCUUUUCUGAGAAAACAACGAAUUCUCAGCGGUGAAAAGUCCUUGCUCGUAGCUCCAAAUAUGGAGGAGACAGUUGAAAAUGAUGUCAAAACAGGUAUGAAGAUAAUACUGAGGAAGUCUGAUUGGAAAAUAUUAUUCGCUGAAACAAAUGAAGAUUUUGUGGACCUCUUAUUUAGCUUCCUCACCAUACCUUUUGAUUCUAAUUCUAAGAAAGCUGUUCUUCAACCAUUUUAUAGUUGCCCAAAGGAGUUUCCAAGUAUCUGUCCUGAAGUAAGGUUUUCCUCAUUUUUGGACCCGGAGUCCCCAAACCCAAACUCGUCAUUCAGCUCGGGCUAUGUCCUGAAGAACUCAUCGUUUCUAGUAGCAGAUGAUUUAGUGGUUAAAUCACUAUCCUCUGUUUCUAUUAUUUCUGUACUGAAGAAAUCAAAUAUCCUACUUGUUGACGUUGAACAGCAAGUUAUUAGCAUUGGGCAGUGUGUUUUGGUGCGGGCACUUGCUCUAUUGAAGGCCUGUUUGUGUUCAUCCUCACCUUUAUCACAUUUAAAGAACUAUAUUGUCAAGAAACGAGAGCGUGAGCCAUUACAGUGA